GGUGGGGUGGGGAAGAAGAUGGAGGGAUUAACGCUGAGUGAUGCGGAGCAGAAAUACUACUCCGAUCUCUUCUCCUACUGCGACAUCGAGAGCACCAAGAAGGUAGCGUCCAACGGGAGGGUGGUGGAGCUGUUCCGGGCCGCGCAGCUCCCCAACGAGGUGGUCUUACAGAUUAUGGAACUUUGUGGUGCAACAAGACUUGGUUAUUUUGGAAGAAGUCAAUUUUACAUUGCUUUAAAACUUGUAGCUGUGGCCCAGUCUGGUCUCCCAUUAAGAGUGGAAAGCAUAAAUACGGGAAUUGAAAAUUCACCAUGUGUUGAUCUGCACCUUUUCCCAUCCAUACUGAUAAAGGAUCUCCCCCUGCCCAGAUUUGGAGCUUCAAAGAGUGAGCAAGAAUCUCGGCACACAACCUCAUAUUCUUCAGAUACUGAGAAUCAGGGUUCCUAUUCAGGUGUAAUUCCUCCACCACCUGGUAGGGUACAAGUCAAAAAGGGCUCUGUAAGCCAUGAUACCGUCCAGCCACGUCCAUCUACAGAUCAUCAGGAAUCCACUUCUCCAGUAGUUUCUCCCCAACAGUCCCCUCCAACUUCUCCACACUCCUGGAGGAAGCACAAUCGCCAUCCCAGUGGGGGAAAUAAUGAACGUCCUCUUCCUGGACCUGGGCCUUUUUGGUCACCAUUUAGUGAAGCACAAACAGGUUCUUCAACUGGUGAUGCAAUGUGGUCUGGUCAUUCUCCACCUCCACCUCAAGAAAACUGGGUCAGUUUUGCAGAUACUCCACCAACCAGUACUCUUUUAGCCAUGCAUCCUGCUUCUGUCCAGGACCAGACAACAGUACGAACUGUAGCAUCAGCUACAACUGCCAAUGAAAUUCGUAGGCAAUCCAGUAGUUAUGAUGAUCCCUGGAAAAUAACAGAUGAACAAAGACAGUAUUAUGUAAAUCAGUUUAAAACCAUUCAACCCGAUCUAAACGGAUUUAUUCCAGGAUCUGCAGCUAAAGAGUUUUUUACAAAAUCAAAACUACCUAUUCUUGAACUUUCUCAUAUUUGGGAACUCUCAGACUUUGAUAAAGAUGGCGCUUUGACACUGGAUGAAUUUUGUGCUGCUUUUCAUCUGGUAGUUGCCAGGAAGAAUGGUUAUGACUUACCUGAAAAACUACCUGAAAGCUUAAUGCCCAAACUGAUUGAUUUGGAAGAUUCAGCAGAUGUCGGAGAUCAGUCAGGUGAGGUAGGUUACUCAGGGUCUCCUGCAGAAGCACCUCCAAGCAAGUCGCCAUCAAUGCCAUCAUUAAACCAGACCUGGCCAGAACUGAAUCAGAGCAGUGAGCAGUGGGAGACAUUUAGUGAACGCUCUUCAAGCUCACAAACUCUGACCCAAUUUGAUUCUAACAUUGCACCAGCUGAUCCUGAUACUGCUAUUGUUCAUCCAGUUCCCAUUCGAAUGACUCCAAGCAAAAUUCACAUGCAGGAAAUGGAACUUAAAAGAACUGGAAGUGAUCACACUAAUCCUACUAGCCCAUUACUUGUGAAGCCACCUGACCUUUCAGAAGAAAAUAAGAUAAAUUCAUCAGUGAAAUUUGUUUCUGGAAAUACAGUUGCAGAUGGGUACAGUAGUUCAGACUCUUUUACCUCUGACCCAGAGCAGAUUGGAAACACUGUAACUCGGCAACGAUCACAUUCAGGAACAUCUCCAGAUAACACUGCACCUCCACCCCCACCUCCAAGACCUCAUCCCUCCCAUUCUAGAUCAUCAUCUUUAGAUAUGAAUAGAACCUUUACAGUCACAACAGGACAACAACAGGCUGGAGUUGUUGCCCAUCCUCCUGCAGUGCCUCCAAGACCACAGCCUUCACAGGCUCCAGGUUCUCAUGUGCAUCGCCCAGUGGAUGCUGAAGGCCUAAUAACUCACACUAGUACCUCACCUCAACAGAUACCAGAACAACCAAAUUUUGCAGAUUUCAGCCAAUUUGAAGUAUUUGCUGCAUCUAGUGUAAAUGAAGAACCUGAUGAUGAAGCUGAAAUGCAUCCAGAUGUCUUGCAGGUUGAAAAAACUUCUGAUCCUUCAAGUUCUCUUAGAGUUGCCAAAACAGAUGGAAGAGUUGAGGAAAAGACAGCUGCUAGUGCUCCUGCCAAUGUGGGCAAAAGCACAACACCUCUUGCUCCACCUCCUAAGCCUAUUCGUAGAAGAUUAAAAUCAGAGGAUGAACUAAGACCGGAAGUUGAGGAACAUUCACAAAAGACAGGUGUCUUAGCUGCUGUUCUAGCUUCACAGCCUUCUAUACCUAGAUCAGUUGGGAAGGAUAAGAAAGCUAUUCAGGCAUCAAUUAGACGCAAUAAGGAAACCAACACGGUUUUGGCCAGAUUGAAUAGUGAAUUGCAGCAACAGUUAAAGGAUGUUCUUGAAGAGAGAAUUUCCCUGGAAGUUCAACUGGAACAGCUUCGGCCAUUCUCUCACCUAUAAGCCAAUUGCCGUUAACUGUGAACAUACUCAUUUUUAAAGGGGUAUCGGGCUCUCUCUAAGCCAGUUUGAAGACCAGACAUUUAGCUCACUGCUCUCUAUUCAAUGUUAAGUUUUGUGAUUGUUUUGUCCUUGUAUGUUCACCAUUGUAUUUAAGUUUUUUUGUUUUUUAAUUUCAACAAUAAAGAGGGCCAGGAUGACCUUUUUCUGGAAGGAAUGUUGUAUUUGUUGCCACUCUUGAUCUUUG